AUGGCAUCUCUAAUACACUGCGCGCGCUCAUCAAGAGCAUUACGGAAAACACUCGCACCACGAACGACGCAAGAAGUCACCCUGCCAGCCUUCCUUGUCCCGGCCUUCACCCACCCCCCAUCCUGCCAGCAAGCUCACUUCACCACCUCCCCACCAUGCCGCUCGAAGAUCGGCCGCGCGCCGCUUUCACUACCCCCCGAAGUCACGUUCACCAUCUUCGACGCCCCUCAAGUGAAGCAAGGCCGGAGCAUCAGCCGCAGUGAACCGAGCAGAAAAGUUGAGGUCCAAGGGCCGUUGGGGAAGAUGAGCCUGCAGAUACCGCCUUACAUCGACAUCACGGCUGGUGAGGAGGGCAAGACAUAUGGGCUGAGUAUAUUGGAUGCGAAUGAUAAAAAGCAGAAGGCUAUGUGGGGCACAACCAGAGCAUACCUCCAAAACCACAUCCUAGGGGUCAGCGAAGGCCACACCGCUAUCCUCCGCCUCGUCGGUGUAGGCUAUCGAGCGACCGUCGAAGGCAAAGCGAUCACGAAAAAGCCUGAAUUCGAAGGCCAGAAGUUCGUCUCCCUCAAAGUCGGCUACUCGCACCCGAUAGAGCUUCCAGUCCCCAUGGGCGUGAAAGCAAGCUGUCCGCAGCCAACGCGAAUACUACUGGAAGGCAUCGACAAAGUAGUGGUCAAGCAGUUCGCGGCAGAGAUCCGAGAAUGGAGGAAACCAGAACCAUACAAGGGCAAGGGCAUCUUCGUCAACGACGAGACCAUACGGCUGAAGGCGAAGAAGAUCAAGUAG